GUGCGCCGUUCAUUCCUACACCCGACCUCUCCGACUAAACAUCUGUUAUUCGAAGAGACUAUACGAUAAUUCAAUUCGUUAGUGAGUGUGUGUAACGUCAAGUGUUUCCGGUUAUAAUAUUUUUCAUAAAUAUCAUCAAAUAAUGGCCGACAGUGGUACCAAGCGUAACAUUCCCAUUAAACUAGGUGACUUCAGCGUCAUUGACAGCGAAUUCUCUAAUAUUCGUGAACGUUUCGACGCCGAAAUGAGAAAAAUGGAGGACGAGAUGGCUAGAUUCAGGAGUGAACUCAUGAAUCGUGAGAGCAACAAUUUUUUCAAAACUACUACUAGCCGGCAUCACACGAGCACCAGUGAGCAUCGUACCUCGACGACCUCGAGGACUGAGGGGUGGGACAAAGUUGAUCCUGCCGCGCCAUCAAAGCGUUCCGCGUUCGACAAAACUUUCACCAGUACGACAACACACAACACUCAGAACAGUUCCUUGAGUCCUCAGCAAGAUUCUCGCACAUGGUUGGAUGGACUCAACAGCCCUUUGAUUCAAGAUGAAGGAGACAACAAAACCCUUAAACUUCGAUUCGACGUAUCCCAGUACACACCAGAGGAAAUCGUCGUCAAGACUGUGGACAAUAAACUCUUGGUCCACGCUAAACAUGAAGAAAAAACAGAGAGCAAAUCUGUAUAUCGGGAGUAUAAUCGUGAAUUCCUGUUGCCAAAAGGCACUAAUCCCGAGACAAUUAAAUCAUCGCUCAGCAAAGAUGGUGUGCUGACUGUCGAAGCUCCACUUCCGGCUCUUGGAUGUGGUGAAAAACUCAUCCCAAUUGCCCAGCAAUAAACAGCAAUGAAAAACUGGAUUACUCACAUUGUUCUAUUGAAUGACUCCCGUUUAAUUAUGUUUCCAGUCUUAUUUUUCCCAAAAUCCAACUUUCGGUAUUAAUUUUCCUCUUUUAUCUCCAAAAUUUUUUGACAAAUGUAUUCUUUGCCAACAAGAGCCUCAGCUGUUGUUAAUCGAUGUUUGCUAUUGCGCCUUAAAAUAUUUAAUAAAUGAAAAUUUAUAAAAGAUGAUGUUGAUGGUGUGAAUUGAAAUGAUACUGCAAUUCCAAAUGUUCAAAAUUCGUUCAGAGUUCGUUGGACUCGAUAAGGUGCAUGAAUUUAUCAAUCAAAGCAGAAUAAAUACUUUAUACUUUUCAAUACACAAAACGACUGCUUUUCCAAAGUUUUAAUAUUUAUAAAAUUAACGCUACGGAAAUAAAUAACGUAGUGGUAAAACAGUGCAUGGUGAUUUUAACAAUUUGCCAGUGUUCAAUGGAUAUCUUAUGUAGAAGAUAAAGCAAAAUUGAUGUCAUAAUCUCUUUUCUAACAGACAAUCCGUUCCACAAAAAAGUUUUUUAUGAGAAUUUCGUUACGUCCAUUAUAUUUGGAGAUAUUUUGUCGAAAACACAUAACAGCUGAGUUGUUUUGAGCCGUUUUAUCGCUUCGUUUCUCAAAUUGUUUCAUUGAAAUUUCUGAUGGAAGAUUUUUGGAUUUUAGAAAAGUCUUGCAAUUGUCAGGCUUUUGCAGAACGUUACAAAGAAAUGAUUUUUUUAAAGGGGAACUGACCAUUUAUGGUAAAUCAUCUAGAUAGUAAGGAGUUUUUCUACAAUUUGAUAACGUCUUACUAUUUUCACAGACAAUUCCACCCAAAUGUGUAACUCGAUCAAAAAUAUCGAAAUUUGUAUCAGGGAUGGCCAGCAAUUUUACAAUUCUUCAGUACUAAAGGGAUUUGCAAUUUACUUUGAUAAAUGUUUAUACACAUAAAAUUAUAUAGUUCAAAAAUAUAAAUAUUUGAUAAUAUAAAAUUGUAAAAAUAUCAUCAAACAAAUAAUUAUAAUUUUGGAAAGGGGAUUUUCGAUUCAUCAAGUAAUGGUCAAUAUGUUCAUUAUUAGUUAAUAAAAGCCAUUGGAAUUUGAAUGGCUAAAAUAAAUUAGUGAUCACAAUAAUGGCAAAUUUCGGAGCUAUCAAUAAUAAUAAACAUGGCUAUCCCUGGUGUACAGAUUCGUUAAAAUUAGAAGAACUUCCAUCACAAAUUUCAGUCAGGAAUUUGUCAUUUCGUAUAACACAGACUAGAAAUUGAAAUAGAAUUCAACGGUCUAAAGCUUAAUUGAAAGUAACAGUGAAAAAAUGAUAUGCAAAAUUAGAUUCGUAACUUAUAUUCGCGUUUAGACUAGAAUAUACGGUCAAAUGACUAAAAAAAAUACAAUGCCUAGUAUAUUUAAGCAUUAUAAUAUUAAUAUUAUUUAUGAAUAUUGAAAUAUUUUCACUGGAAAGUGUUUAAAAAUUAUUGGCAGAGGUGAGAAGAAAUUAAAUAAAGAGAUAAAAUUUAAAAGUAA